GAACAGAGUGGCAGUAACAGACCGGUGCGCUGUGCCGCUGCACUUUGUGUAGUUUCUGAACUUUGUUCUAAGUUUGUGUCGCUGUUUCAGUGAAAUGUCGCCGUGUGUUCAGCAGCUGCUGUUUUCCGUCAUGGAGGAAUUUACGAUGAGCGCGAAGACGGAAAUCCGCCAGAGACUGAAACCCGGAGCCUCACAGACCCAGGUCAGUCCACCACAGACCCAGGAGGAGCUGCUGGCUGUCAUCAGGAGUUUGUGUGAUGCUCUGCUGCAGGAGCUGAGGAGGCUGCUGGAGGAGAAGCAGGAGCAGGAAGCCUGCAAACACUUCAUCCUUCCUAAGUCGCUUCCUGACCCGGCUGAUGUCUCCUCGGACAGGUCGUCCCAGACUCCACCUCGGCAGGACUCCGCCCCCCCUGCAGCAGAGGCAGACGCUCAGGUGGAUGUGAAAAGCCGAUCGGAGCAGAGUCCUGCGGCCGGCGGCAGACGGACCUUCAGCUGCAGCGUCUGCGGUAAAGGCUUCUCUGCCCGCAGCAGCGUCAGAGUCCAUCAGCUCACCGUCCACAGCAAGCAGCGGCCGUUCAGGUGUUCGCACUGCGGGAAGCAGUUCGGCACCCGCAGCCAGCUCCGGACGCACCAGAAGGCCAGCGGCCUCCCGCUCGCAUGUUCGGCCUGCGGAGAGACGCUGGCGGCGAGUUGCAGCCUCAGAAGACACAGGCUGACCUGUCAGAGGACAGACAGGAAGUUCAGGUGUGCAGACUGUGGGAAAGAGUUCUCCAAACACAGUUACCUGUCUGCUCAUCAGAAAGUCCACCUGAAGGACAAACCGUUUAAAUGUCCGAUCUGUGAGAAAGGAUUCACAACGCGCCGCAGUGUCCACGUCCACCAGCAGACUGUCCACAGAGGACUGAAGCCUUUCACCUGCAGCGUCUGCAGGAAGACGUUCAGCCAGCAGAGCGGUCUCAGAGCGCACCUGAGGACGCACACAGGUGAGCGGCCCCACACCUGCGAGCAGUGCGGGAACAGCUUCUCCAGCAGGAGCAGUCUGUCGGUCCACCGCCGUGUCCACACCGGAGAGAAGGCCUUUAGCUGCGACACCUGCGGGAAGAGCUUCAGCGUGUCGGCCAACCUGUGCCGGCACCGCCUCGUGCACUCAGGCCUCCGGGCCUUCAGCUGCGACGUGUGCGGCCGCAGCUUCACGCAGGCCGGGCACCUGAAGGCGCACCGCGCCGUGCACAGCGGAGGGUGGGCGUUCAUUUGCAACGCCUGCGGGAAAGGCUUCAGACAGCGCGGCGCGCUGCUGCUGCACGAGAGGAGCCACAGCGGCAUCAAACCGUACCGCUGCAGCGACUGCGGAAAGAACUUCUCCUCGUCCACAUCACUGAAACGCCACCGGCUGACGCACAGCGCGCUGAGGGCUCACACCUGUGACGCGUGCGGGAAAAGCUUCACCAGCGCCCGGGUCCUGAAGACGCACCUGCAGCUGCACGGUGGCAGCAAACGCUUCUCCUGCGACGUGUGCGGCCGCGGCUACAGCUCGCUGAGCUACCUGAAGACGCACCGGCGCAGCCACUCGGAGGGGAAGCCGUUCGCCUGCGCUCAGUGCGACAAAACCUUCUCCACGCAGGCGAGUGUGACCCUGCACCAGCGCACACACAGCGGGGAGAAGCCGUUCGUCUGCGAGGUCUGCGGGAAAAACUUCAGCGUGUCGCAGAACCUCGUCAGACACAAACGCAUCCACAGCGGAGAGAAGCCGUUCGAGUGCAGCAUCUGUGGGAAGAGAUUCAGUCAGAACAACAACCUGAAGACGCACCAGCUCGUUCACACGGGACAGAAACCCUUCAGCUGCCCGUCCUGCAGCCGGAGCUUCUCCUCCAGGAGGAGCCUCAGGGAGCACAGAGGAGGAAACAGCUGAGCUGAGCGUGAACACGGGAAACAGACUGUGAGUUAUUGGAGGGAAGGAAAGAAGGAAGAGAUGUUUGUGGUAAAUCUCAUGUUCAGUGUUGCAGUUUCUGAGUUUCUGUUCAGUCUUGUCUACAAUGAUCCGUCUCUAUCGCGUGACUGUGUUUAAUGUCCCACUCUGCUUCAGAUCCAUGUUGGAUCCAUAUUCUCUGCAGACUGUGAUGAAACAGCUGUUUGCUCCUGUGCUCUGUCUCCUAUCACAGCUGUAACCUGCUGAGGACACAGUGUCCACUCACUGUUCUGGGAUCUGAAUGCUGUCCCUCUAACAUCGUCCACUUCCUGUUUGUAUCAUGUUCUAUAUGCUGCAUGUCCU